GAUGGACUUGAGGUUUAACGGAGUUCCUGAGAAAGGUAAACUUCACUGAUCUGGUCAAAAUGGAGCUUCCACCUCUUCCUCCAGCGUUGAAAAUAAUAUCUCCGUAUAUGAAACUUGCAAAGGAAUAUGACAAAAGAGAACCAGUUGUUGCAUAUUACUGUAGACUGUAUUGUAUCCAAAAGGCAAUUGCAACUGAUAGCAAGAGCCCAGAUUGCAAGAAGUUCUUGCUGACUCUCAUGGAUGCACUUGAAAAGGCAAAGAAAGAUCUUGCUGGUCAAGGCAUGGAAGCUGUUUCCAAUGAACUAGUAGGCCAAGCUCACAUGGAAGCCAAUGCAUUGAAUUUGUUCACGUGGGCUGACCAAGAAGAUAGAAAUUCAAAUUUCAACAAAGGUUUGGUCAAAGCUUUCUACUCAGCCAAUCUACUAUUUGAUGUGUUAAAGCAAUUUGGUGAGCUGUCUGAGGAGGUUAUAUUGAAGCAGCGGUAUGCCAAAUGGAAAGCCACAUAUAUUCAUAAGUGUUUGCAAACAGGAGAGACGCCUGUUCCUGGACCACAAGGCUCAGAAUUCGAAGGAGCUGAGUUUUCUAGUGAGUUUACGGAACAGACCACUGGAUACCAACAACAGCAAAAUAUGCCUCAUCCCAUGGACUGGUCUCAGCCAAAUGUGCCAAAUCAAACGCCAUACCCAGCUCCAAACACUAGCUACACUCAUACGCCCCCAAAGGAGGAGCCAAAAUCAAGCUAUUCUUCACAUGAGGACGAAAGUUCAGCAGCCAUAGCAGCAAGUGGCUCGUCCAGUCAUCUAGGACCACAAGAAUACCAGCAAGCAACGAAAUUCUGUAAAUACGCAGUUAGUUCAUUACAAUAUGAAGAUGUAUCAACGGCAAUUGAAAAUUUGACCAAGGCCUUGAACCUUCUCAAGGGUGGUAAAUAAGGCUUUCUAGAGCCCCGUUCACACACAUUCAUUUUUUUUACUAAAAUAGAUACAUGUUCACACGCAUUGGACUUGUGUUCACACUGCUUCGCUGUGAAAAAAUGUAAAUUUAUGAACGCACUUUAAGAAGAAUCGGAAUAAAAAUGGAGGAAAACGGAUGUUGAAAAUAGUUUUAGAACGUAGGAGUUGUGUGUGAUAGUGUGGACGUAGCCUAAAUUGUAUCUUUGUCAAUGUAUACGAUAUUUUCAAUUGCAUCUAUAUAUUGUCAGUUCUGCAACUGUUUUUUCUUUAUCAAAGUCAAUCGAAUGUUCCCAUCUUACUAUAUCACUUAUUGUUGAAUGUAUAACUGGAAGUUUCCUUGAAAUUCUUAUUCUCACCUAAAAAAAUAUUUUUUAUCACAUGUGUUCUGUUGAUAUUACGAAAACGCCAAAGGGAUAAAACUUUAAAUAACUUUUCCCGCUCCUGGAGAGUAACAAUGGAAAGUUUCAUGGGGGCGAGUUUGUGCGGUCACUUUUUUAGCUUUUGUUGACGGCAAGUGGACAUGCAGCGGUGUAGGUGAUAGGUUUCGUUGUAUUUUCUAUUUCAUUGUAUCUUAAAGGCAGUCUGUCCCCUAUUCUGCUCAAUUUUAUUUUCACAGGAGUGAAAUUCCCGCACCGUUGAGUUUGAUCGAUAAUUAUACGAUUUAAACCAAUCAAAGACAACUUUGAUUCCAGAGCUUUUGAAUCAAAUGUCCCUUGUAGUGAAGCUGUGGCUAGAAAAAUUUGGUUCCCUGUUUGGUUUGUGCGACAGACCGAUUGUUCAUAUUAGCCAAUCAUUGAGGGGACAGACUGCCUCUAAUUGCUAGAAUAAUUGACCUUCCUCGGACCAGGCCUAUGGACAUUUCUCUGAAUUUCAUUUUACCCCUAGACUUGCUCUAAGUAUCCAAUCUCAAGAAAUCCCAAGAUACCUUUGUUUUCUAUGCGAAAGAAUUGCAAUAUAUUUAUAGUAUAUCCUUCUUUAUGGUUAUUGAAAUGAAUAAUAUGAACUGUUUGGGUCAAGGACCUCUGCAUUUUAUUGUCUCCCUCCAAUUUACUUAACGUUUAAUAAAAUUGAUGCUUUUUUGCUAGUGGUAAUAUCUAGCGCUUUUUUGCAAACACCAAGGUUUUAAUUGAUUUUAUUUGUAUUUAAUAAAAAUCCAGUUACGAUUGAUUAGUUUGACUUUCAAUUUGAUGUUAUAUUAACUGAGGCUUUGUUAUUUAGAAACUGUCCUUCCUGGUGUACUUUUCCUUUGUAUUUUAAUUCAUUGCCCAUGCUUGUUAAAUUUUAUCGCAUACCUUUGUAAUUUUACUUUAUUAAACAAGAAAACUUUGCUUGUUGCACCAAAGGA